GAAGUCUACAAUGGCCCAACACCUUUAGAUCCUGCGACCUACACCAAGAGCACCAGAGGAACAAUCAUCAUCAUGGAUAUUGACGACAAUGUGCCCACGUUUAACCACCCACUGUAUCAGGCAACAGUACAGGAAAACACGGCCAGGGGUGUUCCUAUAACCAUCAGCACUAGCAUAGAAGUGGUCGACUUGGACCAGGGAGCCAAUGCUGUAUUUCGUAUCAAGGUGCUGAAAAAUGGGGCAGCUUACGGAGAUUUUGACACCAUACCACUGCAAGGUCAGAGAAUUCAAGGGAGAUCAACCAUCACAAUAAUUGUUGAAAAUUCAUCUGUGCUUGACUAUGAAACAAUAAAAAGCAUAACUUUUCAGAUUUCAGCAGAAGCCCUGGACAUGAGUGGAAAAGUGACCAACACCAGCCAGGCCACCGUGGUGCUCACCAUUCUGGACACCAAUGACAACUCCCCAGAAUUCCCCACUCAACCAAACAGGUUCAAUGUCUCAGAGGAUGUCAAGCCUGGCUACAUAGUAGCCACAAUAGUAGCCACUGACCGUGACUCAGAGGACUUUGGACGUGUUGUCUUCAGCCUAGAAGAUGACAGCGUAGAUGGCAAGUUCAACAUCACUAGUAGCGGUGUCCUGACUGUUACAUCACCACUAGACAGAGAACAACGCUCUUCCUAUUCUCUAGCCAUUGUUGCCACUGACAACCCAUCCCAACCUGAAUCACAAAGGCGAAGGUCAAGGUUCCUUGUUUAUAUAACAGUUACAGACGUUAACGAUAAUGACCCAAAAUGGACACAGGUCAUCCCAUUAGUCAAUGUUUUAGAAAGUGCUAAAGUAGGAACUCCAGUAACAGAAAUCAAAGCCACAGACUUGGAUGAAGGAUUAAAUGCUAAGAUUCAAUACUCCAUUGCUCCAGACACCAAUGGAUCUAAACUGUUCAGUGUGAAAGAUGUCAAUGGAUCAGCUGUGAUCACUACAAGCAGCUCUUUAAUUGAUAACUUUGGUACUAGAUUGUUGCGUGUGGUUGCCAUGGAUAUGGGAACUCCACCACGGAAUGCAAGUGUCGACAUUUCAAUUUUUGUGGUGGAUGAGAACCAGCAUCCCCCAGUAUUUAUACACCCUAAACAGAGCUUGUUUAAUGCCACGGCUGGGAUUCUGCCAGAAGUCUCAGUCUUUGAAGAACAAAGUAUUGGAUCUCUUGUGACAGUACUGUCAGCCACAGAUGCAGAUCAAGGUCAGAAUGGUGUUGUGAGCUACUAUUUGGUUCCAACAAUAAACAAAGACUUUGAAUAUUUCAAACUUGACAGAAUGUCUGGAAACUUGACGUCAUAUCAGAGGCUAGACAGGGAGUUCCAGGAAGUUUAUGAGAUUCAAGUUAGAGCAGAAGACAAUGGCCAGCCUGCCCAACUGUCCACUCUCCUGACCAUGAGGGUAAAACUAGUGGACAUAGACGAUAACCCCCCAGUGUACAGUGCAGUGACCAUGCCACAGAUGCUGAGUGUUAAAGAAGAAAACAGCACAGCUGUCAUUGGCACUGUUCUGCCUGCACAAGAUAAAGACCAGUCCCCAUAUAAUGUGACUUGCUACAGACUCUAUGGAGGAGAUAGCUUAGCUAGCUUGGUCCUUAAUAACAGCACUGGUAGAUUGUCCCUAAAAGAAAAACUGGACAGAGAGAUGGUCCAAUAUCUGGACAUAGUUAUUCAAGCUUUACCCUGCAAUACAACAUUUGUGAAGUCUGAGCCAAGCAGUUCUAGCAGUCCAAAUUCUUUCUCCAUCACUCCACUGCCCUCUGCAUACAACCAGUCAGAUGACUCCUUGCUCUGGGUUAGAGUAGAGGUUGAGGACAUCAAUGACAGCCCACCCAAGUUCAUUGAUAAAACACUUCUCACUGCAGUCCUGUUUGAUGCUGAGAAAAACACUGAAGUUAUGUCACUUUUGACUAGCAUUACAGAUGCAGAUACACCAGUGAACAGCAAAAAUAUGUUCAGGAUUUUGUCAGUGGAACCACAUUUUAACAUAAGCCUUCCUCAGACAUCCAAUGAUGAUUUUAGUUUGUCUUCAACUGGUUCUUUAAGAACCAACAUCAGAUUCAGGUCUGACAUCAUUGGCUAUUAUGGGAUAUCAAUAGAAGUGUAUGAUGAUAUAAAGCAAAAAGACACAGCUGACGUCAAAGUUUUUAUUGUGGCAAAUUCUCAAAGAGUUCAACUCGUCUUUAAUAGGCCAACCAAUGAAGUAGAAAAAAUAAAAAAUGAUUUUGUCAGGCGACUGUCAGCUAUUUUGGGCAUAGAGCUUGUCAUUGAUAAAGUUGUGACACACACAUUGAGUGACGGCACACUUGAUCCAACCAAAACAGAUGCAUUUAUUCAUGGCCAUGAUAAUGUUACAUGGAAGAUUGUGGAUGCCACAGACUUAUCCAGGCGAUUUGACCAUAACUCAGAAGUGAGGAAACUAAUGUCUGAGAGUGGAAUCACUGAGGCAUUGAUAGUGCAGCCUGUGCAACAAGUGAAUUCAGAUGAGGAGUGGACUAGGACAUUUGCUAUUGUCACAGCUGUGUUAUCCUGCAUCAUACUGGCUUUUCUACUGGUCAUCGUGCACUUAAUCAGAAUGUAUCGGCAUCGUUUGAGAGCAGCUACAACUAUGGCUUAUGCUACAACCAAGGAACAGGAACUCUAUGAGCAUCCAGGGACAAACAAAUAUUAUGCUGCGGAAAACCCACUGUUUGGGAAGGAGAUCAAGCAUGCUGUGCUUGAUGAUGACAAGACCAGCCACAACUCACUGGAUGUCAAUGCCGUCUAUGCCGCACCACAGGACCAGACAGAGCUGCAGGCAGAACCAGACGAGGAACAGGAAGUGGUCAUGCAGAUAGCAAACACCACCUCUGACAGCCCCACCCACCUGAGUGGCACCAACCCCAAGCUGAAGGAAGUUCUGGAAGCGUACGAGAACGCCGCCUUCGACAGUGACGAGUACGACGGGUCCAUGAGCCAAAGUCAGCUGGGGUUAUCAAGCAAACAUUUUCCAGAUCUCGACGAAGGCAUCACGCGAUUCUCAAACAGUCCCGGUGGUUUACCUGACAAUUUUUAUUCAACUGGCCAUAAUCAUAUUGAACAUACAGAAAUAUAACACAUGAUCAUGUACAUUACCUUCGUUAAGUGGAACAUUCAUCAAGUACUGGAAGUCAACUUGUUUAUAUUAUCAACAUUCAGACUUUAUAAAAGUAGAUCAUGUCUACACUACGUAUUUUAUGUGGGGUCAUGUGUAUAUUAGGUCAUGAAUUGCAACUGAAAAAACAAAUUUUCCUUGUGAAUAUUUUUUUCUGGUUUCAAUACUUAAAGAGUUACUCCAGAGCUUACCUGCUGAGUGGGGGUUUAAUUGCCUGACUUGCUGAUUAAGUUAAUCAAGGGGCAUGCCAAACCUAUUUAAUUGAUCUGCUUAAUCAAUUUGGAACACACAUUAAAUAAUUUUGGCAUCCAUCUGAUUCUGUUCACAUAUUUACUAAAUUUGGCACCUGUCUAAUUUAGAUCACAGAUUUAAUAAAUUUGGCAUCUAUUUGAUUUGGAUCACAUAUUUAAUAAAUUUGGCCCCUGUCUAAUUUAGAUCACAGAUUUAAUAAAUUUGGCAUCUAUUUGAUUUGGAUUACAUAUUUAAUAAAUUUGGCCCUUGUCUAAUUUAGAUCACAGAUUUAAUAAAUUUGGCAUCUAUUUGAUUUGGAUCACAUAUUUAAUAAAUUUGGCCCCUGUCUAAUUUAGAUUACAGAUUUAAUAAC